AUGCCUACCAAAGCCCAGGUCAUUGCAGCCCAACAACAAAACCCACAAUCACAGCCCUCAUCAACCGAAUCGUCCCCAAUCUCAAAGCGUCUCCCACGCGCAAACUCCAUCGUCAGAACCGCCGCCUCGCGCGGCGCGCAAGCAACACCAAGGCAAAUCCGCAUCUUACUUUGCAACCCCAACUCCACCGCCGCCAUGACACGCGCUUGCGUGGAUAUGGUUUUGCCCACGCUCUCCUCCAACGUAGUAUUGGUAGGCUGCACAGCGCUCGAACCUGCGCCCAGCGCCGUGGAAGGAAAAUUUGACGACGUGAUGAGCGCGGCGGUCGCUGUACAGGGGAUCUUGCAGCAUGCAAGUCAAUUCGAUGCGUUUCUGAUUGCGUGCUACAGCGAUCACGCGCUGAUUAGGAUGUUGAGAGAGGAGUUGACGCAGCCCGUUGUUGGGAUCAUGGAGGCGAGUCUUUUUGCAGCGCGGACGCUGGGGACGCGGUUUGGGAUUAUUUGCAGUGGACCGCGGUCCAAGUAUACAUUGGAAGACACCGUGCGAAGUUCUGGGUUUGACAAUUUCUGCGUUGGGGUGAGGAGCUGUAAUUUGGGUGUUUUGGGAUUGAAAGAGAGGCCCAGAGACGAAGUGCUGCGCAUCAUGGGUCAAGUUGGAAGGGAGCUAGCUGGGGAUGGCGCAGACGUGAUUCUGCUUGGCUGUACGGGCAUGGCGGACCUGAAGUCUGCAGUUGAGGAAGCUGUCGGUGAGGAUGUUCAGGUCAUUGACGGAGUUGUGGCUGGGGUUCAUCACCUCAUUGGGCUUUGUAGGAUGGGUGUCAAGACUGCGAAGAAAGGGGCUUAUGCGAGUUCGACGACGGCGAGACAGAGGAGAGGCCAAGAUUGGUUGUGA